CAGCGAGUACUUUUAAAAUCUGCCUUGCGCAAGUGGAAUUAACAAACUGGGCGAGUUGCGAGAAGGUGGCUUCGUGCGUUGCGCAACAAAUCCGGCCGAAAGCUUGUCCGCGUGACACCCGGGCCGCUUCUCCGGGGCAAGACGAUCAAAGGGGAACACAGCAGCGCACGGGAGAAUAAUACUUCAUGUUUAAAUGGUUUUUAUUGUUAUUAUUAACAGAAUCACAAGGCCCUCGAGGAGCUGAUGUAGUAAACAAAGGCUCUUUCUCUCCUCACAAUGGGCGCCUCACCAUUCUCCGCCUACAGACCCCGCUUCCCCAAUCCCGGUCCCGUCCAGGGUCGACCCCGGUAGAAACAACUUGGUUACUUUCCCUUCUCUCCCUAUCGGGAAAGUAAGGAAAUAUCUCUGCCCGCGUCUGCCUCCUUUACUGAACAAGCCCCGCCCCUCGACAAUCGAAGCUCCCCGUCGCGGGAGAAGCGUUCGGGCCGCGCUCUCCGCCGCUCCCGCCUGACUCGAAUUUAAACUGCGCGACAGGGAGCUCGCGCAAAGUACCGACUCUGAGGGGAACCCGCGCGCAGCUCCUCUCCGCCGCGCAGCCAAUCACAGCGCAGCUCUGCGAUUGCGCCGACCAAUGCCGGCGCGCUUUAUUGGCGGGCGGGCGAAGGAGGGGGGCGUUCGCGCUGUGCGGGAGUUGGGUGCGUUAAGCAAGGCUGUUCGUCCCUCUCUCUCCAUCCCGCCCCUCCUCUUCCUCCUCUCCUUCCUCCCUCCCGCCACCCUCCUCCUCCUCCUCCUCCUCCUUCCCCUCUUUGUUGGCGGUUCCUUCUCUCUCGCUGUCUCCUGGGAGGGCGGCGACAAGAGCCCGAGCCUGGCGAUGCCCGAGUUCCUGGCGGACCCGUCGGUGCUCACCAAGGAGAAGCUGAAGAGCGAGCUGAUCGCCAACAAUGUGAGCCUGCCGGGCGGCGAGCAGCGCAAGGACGUGUAUGUGCAGCUCUACCUCCAGCACCUCACCUCGAGGAACGCGCCGGGAGCCCAGGCGCAGCCCGACUUCUCCAGCGAAGAGGAGCAGGAGCCCAGCCCGGUCGUCGCCAGGAACAGAAUCGGCGGAGAUGGCGCCGCCGCCGCGACCGUCGCCGUGGGCCGGGUAAGCCGCGCCGCCCCCCCCUCCUCCUCCUCCUCCCCGUGGCCGUUAUCUGGCGCCAGAGCAGAUUACGAGCCUGGAAAGCGGCCUUCGAGCGCUGAGGGGGCGGCGGAGUUUUCCCGCUUUCUCUCGCAGGGGGCGGCGCCAUGUUUCCUCACGGGCGGGCGGGGCGCGCGCGCGGAGAGAGAGAUGAUGGCUGCGCGUGGAUAGAAACUGCUUUAGUGCAAGCAGGCUGGCAGGCAGGAAGUCUGCGGGGGGAAGGGGGCGCUUGGUAAGCUGAAAGGUGCCGCUCCAAGCUCUAGUGGCAAAACGCGACCGGAAUAGCCAAAGAUGGGCCCUCUGACCUGGGCCGCCCUCUGAUUCCCCCCACCCAAAAAGCUGUCACCUGCCGCCCUCCUCUGGCGCUGCAGACCGCUCUUUCUAUAAGGAGGGUUGCGAAGAGCUCUCCUAAAAGAAGUUUGAACUUACCGGGCGCCCUGCCAGGCGCAAGAAGGGUUUCACUUCUGCAUAACUUGUCGCUAACAAGGCACGUGGUGGGCCUUGGCUCCGCGCCCUGUACUACACCAGGCCCCUUCUCCACGUGAAAAAAGCCGAGCUAGGCCCCUGGCGACCCACGUUGUCACCCUUAGCAGCACUUUCGCGACAAGAGUACGGUUCCUUGAGCGCGCGAACCUACUUCCAUGUUGCACUGGGCAUGAAUGUGAGGUUCGGGACAGUAAAAGUGGUUGCCUUUGUAAAACCCCUUUUAAGCUUGUUUAUUUAAAGCUGUUCUGCACUUUUAUGGCUGAACUUCUUUUGACUAUUUUUUGCUCCUUCUGCGUAACCGAUCAGAGGCAUUCUUGCUUCCAAGUAAUCUUCCCCUGCCUCUUUAAAAACAGUCUUCUGAAAGGCAGUUUAAUGAACGUAGCCAUAAAAUAACGUGUUGCAAGAUUCUGCAUCUUGUCAUGACUUGAAAGUUUUCAAGCAGGGAUUCAGUUUCAAAUAACAGGUGUCUGGUGUCAAAGAGUAGUGACUUUUGAACAGCUAAGUUGAAGGAGCUGUGCAGAUAUGGAAAUAUUAGGUGACCAAACUUUUGUUGAAGCGCCUCAGAGAGUUGACCUGAUAUUUAAAGGGCACAUAAAUGUUGACCCUGCUCCCUUUAUGUAGUGAAGGGAGAGCUCUCCUCUGAAACCUACAAGAAAGAGCAGAGGAAAGUGUAGCUAGAAAUUUCUGCCUAAUGUAGAAAAUGAAAUUAUGGAUUUUAGCAACUUCCAUCUGUGUUUUUGUUUAAAAUCCCCCAGUCUUAAUUAUCCUUUGGAACAAUGUCUCAUGGAUUCUGCUUUUAGGGCAAUCCUGUGUAGCAAUUUCAGCAAUGAAAAUAUUGGUAAACCCAAUUUAAAGUUGCAAGUGCACCUCCAGAAAAGGAAUACUAACCAGAAAGUUUGGGACAACCACUCCAAAAUGCUUGAUGUGGUGUUUGUGCCUGUGGAUCAUUUGUUUCUGAGACACUGAACCAUUUAUCUGUAAGUGUCCUUUGUUUCUGUGGAUGGCUACAGUAUAUAACACACAUUCAUAUAUAUAUUUUGCAAUACUAGAAACAAAGUAACUCUUGUAUCUUCAGAGGAAAAAGUUCCAAAUCUAAAUAUAUUUUAUUUACUUAGGUAACCUGCUUUUCAUUCAAAUCAGUCCAAGAGCAGGCACAUAAAAAUAUGUGCUUCAUAAUAAAACAAUCUGAAAAAUCAAAUCACAAUGACAAUAAAUCAUAUUUACAUACUCACCUGGGUUUAUUAAUAUACAGCCAUAUCUCAGAAGGUAAAUGCCUUGUGAUUUGAACGUUUUGGCUCCUGAACACUGCAAACCCAGAAGUGGUGGUUUGCAAACGUUUUUGGAACGCGAACGUCUGACGCAGGUUCCAAUUGGAAGCUCCUGCAGCCAGUUGGAAGCCAUGCUUUGGUUUCUGAAUGCUUUGGAAGUUGAACGGACUUUCGGAACAGAUUCCAUUCGACUUCCAAGGUAAGACUAUUUAAAUGUAUAGGAUUGCACUACACAGAAAUUUGCUUUACAUUUGCUAAUCUGAUGGAGUGACUUUCACAAUAGGCCUAUCGGCAACUUAUUUAAAAUCAUGAAUAAUCUAUCCAGCUAAUGCUUAGAGAAAAUAUGCAGUUCAUUUCUUUUAAAGGCAUCUGGGUUCUCCACAGUAUAAAAUAAGCAACAAAUAAUACUUUUUAUUUGAAAGCCUGCUUUGCAUGAGACCUUAGGUCAGUCAGGUAAUUAAGAAGAAAGUAUUAAAUGUGAAUCAGCAAGACCUUUAAAAGGGUAGCUGACUUUGCCUUGGCUAAGUUUCCAUGGUAAACCUGUUGGGUUUUUCCACCAUUCACUUAUCCAAGGCUGUUAAAUGUACAAUUCAUUAAAUAGAUUUUUAAAAGAGUAAUGAGGGCUUUCUCAAAAUUUUAAUUGGAAAAAAUGUAAAUCAAAAUGUGUUUGAAUAUUGGAUAAAUUUUCCAAUAGCCCAAAGUAAUGAAACUCAGUAAUUGAUUGAAGGUGGGGAAGGAAAUUAAUAAAAUUUACUUAGUAAAAAGUGUUACUUUGACAUUGUGUUACUGGAAUAUUUUAUUUGGAAUAUUUCAAAACAUCACAACUUGGUAGCAUAUAUUUCCCUCAUAUUAUUUGGAUUUUAAGAAAAAUGUAGAUGUACAGUACUCAAAAUUAAUGUAUAAUUAUGAAAGUUUAGUUAUUAAAAUAAGUUAGUCUUCAAUGUGCCAUGAGACUUGUUUUGUUACAAUGUGAUACAGCUUCCUUCGGUUAAUAAAUGCUAAAUUGAUUUGAGUUGAGGUAUAGAAGGUAGGUGCAAUUAACUAUGUGCACCAUGAAAUGUGAACAGUACAAAAUCAAUAUUAAACUAGGGUUUUGUUUUUCCAGUCAUGGGGGGAAAUUUGUGAUGCAGUGAUGAAUUGAGGAGCAUAAACAAUUGAGAACUCUGCUUCCCAUUCCACCAGCACAACGGAGACUUGUUCAUGGAACUAGGUGCAUAGAUUCCUUAUCCUCUGCAGACUAACCCAAUAGUGCAAUUGCCCUGUUGUAGGAGUUGCCAGUGUGGUGCCCUUCAGAUGCUGCUGGAUUACAAUUUUCUUUAUCGCUGAUCAUUUACCAGUGCUGGCUAGGGCUGAUGGGAAGUGUAGUCCAGUAACACCCAGAGAAUACUAUUUUGACAACCCUUUCCCUGUUAGUGAGCUUCAGCACUAGCUGAGGAGGAAAGCUUCUAAUCUUGAGUGGCACUGUGUGAGAAGCAGCUAUUAUCUGUUCUCUGUGCUGUAUGGGAGAGUUAAAGGAGGGUUGGAGUGAAAGAAUACACAUGUUUACACUUCUCUAGGAUGACAUAAGUUGUUGAAGCCUGUGUCAUUCAUAGUUGAUAGAGGUCUGGAGAGUGAGUUAAUUAGGAUAAGUGAACACUUUUCCUCCAUGCCACCCUUGUUAAAUAGUCUGUAGCAGUUCAUAUAAUUCUAGACUAUGCGGAAGGAAUUAGGGGAUGCAUACCCCUUAAUGUAGUCAUUCUCCGACUCUUAAUUCUAACUCCCCCAGGAUAUGAAAUAGUGUUCUGGAAGAGAACUUAGGGUAUAAGCUAUUUUGGGGUUGAUCUUGUUCAUUUCACUCCUUUUUCCUGACUCAACUGCCUUCAACAGUGGACAGAAGUGACUACACUCAGUCCUCUUAGGGCUUUUAAAGAUGACUUUUAAAAAUAUAUUUAACAAUUUUUUUGUCUGCAUACUUGAAGUUUCUCUCGAAUAUAUAGAAUAUAUACUUUGCCUAAAGCAAUUUUGAUGUUAAUAUGUUAUAGCUAACAUAUAGCUAUCAUUACUAUACUAUAUGUAAUAGAGCUGAGGAGAAAUAAUGUGCAAAUGGAGUAUAUCUGUAACAGUAUUCGACUUAAUUUCAACUCCUGUAGCAGGAUAGUGAAACAAAAAUGACUGAUUGAUGAGAACCUUUGCUGGCAUUUGUGGGUAGCCAACCUGGCUGCAAGUACAUUUUUAUGUUAGCCAGUUGGUUGUUGACUUGAAGUCAUGCUGAAGCAACUUAAAGGCCAACCUACCUUUCAAAUAGAUAUUUAUGUAGUCCACAUGCAUAUUGGUUUCCACUUUGUUUUCAGACACAAUCUCAAUUUUGCAUGAUAAAUUGUCAUCUUGCUGGCAACUCAUCUUCUGUUAUUUCUCUGGAGGUCUUGUAAUCACCCCGCCUUUAAACUGUUUUGUGUUUUUCUCCACUGGGUUAUCUGUUCAGUGCUUCUCUAUAUGCAGCUUUUCCCAUUUGGUACUGCAAGAGAUGUUCUACUGAGGAAAGUAAAAGUAUGUUCUGCUGACUUUGAUGCCUCCUACUGGCUAUGUAUACAACUGCUAGAAAUUCUAUCCUCUGCUUGAAAUUAUUUCAAAGAAUCAUGGAAUUGUAAAGUUGCAAGGGAUGAUGAGGGUCAUCUAGUCCAGGCUCCUGCAAUACAGCUAAAUACUUAGUUGUGGCUCCAGAUAUUGUUUGACUCUGAAUUCCCUCCCUAGCCAGAUAAGCAGUGAUCAGGGCGGGUUGGCGUUGUAGUUGAACAACAUCUGGAGGAUCACAGGUUCCCCAUCCCUGUGAUAAAGCAAUGAUUAUUUUCUUUUCAGAAAUUGUCAUAAAAAGCAGAAGGGUCUUGUAUCCCAAAUACUGAGUUAGGAGUUUAAAGUACUUCAGUACCAUCUUAUCUUGAUUGGUUCUUAAGCUUUUUGCUUAACUUAAUGUGUGCCAAGGCUGUAGCUUAAUUUCAUUUUACAAAAGAGGCCCAAUUUUGUCCUCCUGUCCUUCAGGUCUUCUAAAUCUCUAGCACAAAUUUGUUUGAGAUGCAAUCAUAGAUUACAGGGAUAAAUGUUAAAGUUUAAAUGGUUAAACAAUUUUGUGUGUAUAAAAUGCUUGUGCCAAAAUGUGUGCCAUCAGAGUAGCACUUGGGACAUAGCUGAUUCUAUUUCAGUAGAAAGACUUGACUUUUGGCUGGGCCUUUCUGGCUGUGAUUUUUAUUAUUGGAGAACACUUCUGUUUCUAAAUUCUUACACAUAGUGUGUAAAGUCUGUUAUAGGAAUGAUUGGAAGAAUUUCCUGGAAAGCAAAGUUUUAUACUUGUCCCAUGUUGCUACUUUAUUUUCCCUGUUAUAAGAUUGUGAAAUGUGUUCAUCUCAAUGGGCCAAAUAUAUUAUCAGAUUUCUGUAAUAUUUACUAACAAUACUUGUUCUCUGUUUGUGGGUUGCCAUGGAUCCACAAGGAGGCUAUGCUAAUUACUUGAGGCUGUUCCAGAAUAUAGGAAUGCAUUUGCAGAAAUGUGCUUCAAUUUUCUUCCCUUGGCUAUUUUGUAAUGAAGAUUUUAUGGCAUUCCAUAUGUGAAUCGUUAAAUAGACUAUGUGAUAGUGAAAAGUUAGAAACUGGGGUUUUUAUCCAAUACUGUGCAACAGGACUUCUGUUUUUUCUCCUGCUCUGCAUACUCUAAAAAUCUGCUGUAGAGGGUCCCCCAGCCUUCCAGAGCUAUGUACUGGUAUUGUGUUGUUUUUAUAGAGACAAAAGAACCAAACAUAUCCAAAGUUAUGCUGUUCCCUGGAAGGUCUUUAGGGUAGCAUGAUUGGGAAAGACAAUACAGUGGUACCUCGGGUUACAUACGCUUCAGGUUACAGACUCUGCUAACCCAGAAAUAGUACCUCGGGUUAAGAAUUUUGCUUCAGGAUGAGAACAGAAAUCGUGCUCCGGCAGCAGCAGUAGGCCCCAUUAGCUAAAGUGGUGCUUCAGGUUAAGAACAGUUUCAGAUUAAGAACGGACCUCCAGAACGAAUUAAGUACUUAACCCGAGGAACCACUGUAAAUAGGGUUUUGAUUUGUUGCACACAGUUCAUGCUUUAGUGACAGUGCAGAAAUGUUGAAGUAACAUAGGCCAAAAGGAAGUGAUUUUUAAAAAGCAAAACUCCAUCAAGGCCUGGGAAUUGUUAGCUGGUGGUGCAAACUGUUCUUAGUAAUGGAAAGGGCAUGAAGAAGGUGGUAGCGUAUUUUUUCACAGCAUUAAGAGGAUUAACUAUAUAGGGAAGUUGCUUUAUUUUCCAUUCAACUCCAAAAUAUCAGUACGCAGGAACACUUAAGAUGGAAUCUGGAUUGCUCUGGUGGUAUUGCUCCUCAUGCUUAUAUUAUUGUGUAUUUACAUGCUUAAUAACCUAGUUCUUCAAUGCAGUUAACACUUUGGCUAUCUCUUCCCAGAAGGCAACAAAGAAGACUGACAAACCGAGGCCAGAAGAGCAGGAUGAUAUAGAUGUAACAGAUCUCAGUAAUGAAGAACUCAAAGACCAGCUUCUGAGAUAUGGUGUGAAUCCAGGUCCUAUUGUGGGUAAGCUAAUACUCUGUAGUAUCUCAUUAAUAGUGUUUUUUAAAUCAAAAUAAUAAUCACGUGCUUGGUGGUGUUCACUUCAUCAACAUUAGUAAUUGCCCAGCCCCUCCAGGCUGGCAGAAAUAGCAUUUCCUUUGGUCAGUGCUACAAUGUCUGCCAUUAACUUGGAUGCUUGCAAGGUGCACAAGUCCAUAAUAAUUGUCCAUACACUCAGUAAACAAGAAUUUAGCACCUCAAAUCAUUUUGCGUAAUGCUGAUUAGCCGGACACAAGCAGAAGCUGUUCUUGAGUCAUAUAAACCUGUGGCCCUGCAAACAUUGAUCGUUUCCAACUCCCAUCAGCCUCAGCCAAUAUUGCAAGUGAUCGUGGGUGAUGGGAAUUCUGGUUCAGCAAUAUCUAGGCCACCCAUCCCUGGUAUAAAUAAAGACUCUCCACAUGCGAAAUGAGAAGGUUUGCAUAAAGGUGGUGCAACCAUGAAAUUACGGUUGCAGAUAGCCAUUUAGAAUUUGAAAAACUACUACUAGUACUUCGUUGGAUGUACCUAAGCUGUUAUCUCAUUGACUGUUUGGAAACAUGACAGACUUAAGAUGUGUUUAUGGGCUUUGUUUUGUAAGAUGUGUUUAUGGGCCUUGCCCCUCUUCCAGAUUUGAACCUUUGUUGAUGUUACACUUUGUAUAUAUGAACAAAUAAUACUUCUAUAAUCUGGCUUAAUUUUGUGCCAAGGCCACAGUUUUCUGCUGAACUUGCCCCUGCCCAAGAAAAAACCCUCUUCUGCUAUUUACCUCAAUGUGUUGCUUGCAGAAAAGAACAUAUUCAGGGGCAAAUAGCACUGUAGGUAGGGGUGGGGAUUGCUGAUGGGACAUAGGCACAGGACUUUAAUGCAGGGUGAUUUGGGGCCCUGGAUUGCCGCUUUUCUGUCACAAUAAAAGUGGCCAGCUUCAGCACACUUCAGUAAGUGUAUUUGUUGUAAUGCAUUGUUUGGCCCUGAGAGGCCCACCAACGUGUUUGCAUGCCCCUUGUUCCCUCACCCCUUCCUGGAUCUUGCAUUCUUAACUCCAUAAAAGUGUUUCUUUCACAUCCUCAAACGAAUCCAUCAAGCUUCCUCAUCUGUCAUUUCAUAAUCACAUAAUUCAAGAAACGUUCUUGAACCUAAAAAUGUUCAGCCAUAAAAUGUGGCCUUGUUUACUUGUUUACUUUAUGUUAACUGAGGGUUUUCCAUUUUGUUUUGUGAUUGUUUUGGCUAUCCUCAAAGGUUCCUACAUUUUGCUACCUUGAUUCAGAUAAAGGUUCCCCAGGUUUAUUAGUUCAUUUUACGUUGGCACCCUUUAAAAAAAAAAAAAAGCUCUUACUUGACAGAUACUAGCCUGAUCUUUCCUUUACUGCUGUGGGAUUUCUUAACUGGAAACUGUUGAAAUACAUAAGCUUCAAAAUGCUGCCUAAAAGCUUGCAGUGCACUGUCUGUUAAUCUUGGUGAUUCACUGAACACAGUAGGGAAAAUGGAGUUUCUUAUCAACUCACAUAUAGGAACUAGAACUUUUUGUCUAUUCUGAGAUAUCUAAUUUCCUGUUCUUCUGUAGCUACUACAAGGAAGCUGUAUGAGAAGAAAUUACUGAAGCUGAAAGAGCAGGGCCAAGAGCCAAGUUCUUUCAUACCUGCACCAAUUGUUUCUUCAUCUGCAGAGAACAACAAACAAAAUGGAAAUAAUGACUCGGAUCAAUACAGUGACAACGAAGAAGGUAGAAAUAAAUCCAAAGAAAUAUGAAUAGCUGACAAGGAAGAUGUUAAAAUAAUAGUUUAUGGUAGAUUAGAAGUAGUUCCUGGGUUUGAUUGCUUUCUAUUGGUCACCAUUUUCCUUACCACAUGUAGAAGGUAAUGCCCCAUUUGAGACCUCAUAUUCAAUUUACCGUAUUUUUCGCUCUAUAAGACGCACCAGACCACAAGACGCACCUAGUUUUUGGAGGAGGAAAACAAGAAAAAAAAUAUUCUGAAUCUCAGAAGCCAGAACAGCAAGAGGGAUUGCUGCGCAGUGAAAGCAGCAAUCCCUCUUGGUGUUCUGGCUUCUGGGAUAGCUGCGAAGCCUGCAUUCACUCCAUAAGACGCACACACAUUUCCCCUUACUUUUUAGGAGGGAAAAAGUGAGUCUUAUAGAGCAAAAAAUAUGGCAAUACAGGAACUCUCGAGUUGGAUAGUGCAUUCUAUAAGUAGACUUGAAUAAGGGAGGAGAAGAAACUAUGCCUGUGACUCAACCCUGGUCAUGUAAGGUUGGGAGCAGGAAGAAGAAUGAUGUGAGAAUAUCACCUAUUCAGAAUACUUUGUAUGAGAAAUUGGGCACAGCACUUUUAUCUAUGUGAUAAUGAUAUACGUGCACUAGUUCUAGGUAACUUCAGGCUCUCCUUCUGUAGUCUCACUAUUUAAAUGAUGCCCAUGUUCUUAAUAACCCAAUUUACCCAUAUUUACUGAGAAGUAUGUCUCACUGUAUUGACUGAGGCUUACUCCGUAGAAAUGUAUUUAGGGUUUCUAUCCAAUAAUAAACUAGAACUUGAUCAAUUUAUAAUAAUUUUUAAAUUCUGCACAGUAAUGAGUAAUGGAAAGGAAUCUUUAAAUGUGUUAACAAUUCUUUUUACAGAAAAUAUUAAUUUCAGUUUUUUUAAAUGAGACAAAUAGUUAAGACUAAGUUCAUAUGAAGACUUUUUCCCGGUUAGGUCCUUAGUUUAGCAUAUGAGAAAAUUUAGACUGAAUAACCCUAACUUUUAAAUUUUAGGGCCAAGCCCAUUUCAGCAUUAAGCAUCAUUUGUUGCCAUAGGGGCAAUAUCUAUAGUCAGUGUGUGCUUUGAAUAAACAUAUAUACCAGGGGUCAGCAAACUUUUUCAGCAGGGGGCCGGUCCCCUGUCCCUCAGACCUUGUGGGGGGCCAGACUAUAUUUUGAAAAAAUAAUGAAUGAAUUUCUAUGCCCCACAAAUAUUCCAGAGAUGCAUUUUAAAUAAAAGGACAUAUUCUACUCAUGUAAAAACAUGUUAAUUCCUGGACCGUCCGUGAGCCCGAUUUAGAAGGUGAUUGGGCCGGAUCUGGCCCCCAGGCCUUAUUUUGCCUACCCAUGAUAUAAACUGAAGAUGUAGUUGCAAUAUUUCUUAAAUUAUAGUCUUAAUAGUCUCACAUUGUCAACUACUGAAACAGUAAUAUUCUGGAGGACUCUGCCAAUCACUGAAUGGGUUGUUUUUAUGGAUUUGUAUCUGUACCGUCAGUCUUCUCAAAAUCAACUUUAGCUCCUCCAUUCAAACUGUCACCAACUGCCAGAGAGAUAGUACUAGGUUUCAGAUGAAGAAAAGACAUAAAUUGCUUUACUGUGAUCACAUACUUGUUGAUUGAUGUCCUUUCUAACUUGUGUUCACAUCGAUUUAAAUAAAAUUUAUACUUUAUUUGAACUAAUAACUCAUCAGCUACUUAGUGUCAGGUCUUACCCAUUCAGAAGAAAUCAGAGCAUGCUGUUUGGAGAAGUCUUAUUUCCAGCAGCUGCAUUGGCAUCGAUAUUUCUGUUUUACUUUUAUUUCAAUACCGCUUCCUGCACAACUUCUUUACAACAUGUUUGAAGCAUACUAUAAAAACCAUAACAAUAUUAAGCAAAUAGUGUAAAAUAUUAGAUAACAGAAGAUAAAACUGUAGAAGCUGUACUGGUCCCUAAAACCAGUUUUAAAAUGUAAAAUAUUAUAUCUUAGUACAGUAGUGGUUUUUUUCUUUUUUCUUUUUUAAGAAGUUAAAUUUAUUGCUUGGAAUUUCAAGUCUUGCUUGAAAUACUUUUGAGAAUGUUUGCAAAUAUUUCAAAUUCCAAGGAGGAAGCCCUACACCAAAUGGGGAACAAGGGGGCUGUGUUAGAGGAGCUCAGAUUGCUGGUGUUGGCACCUCUGGAUAUUCUUAAGUUCAGGGGGUUGUUGUUUGAAAAAUAUAAAUUGAAACAGCUGGUGAAAUUGUCACAAGCUGUGAUCACACGUUAACCUUUAGCAUAAUUUGUAGUGUUUGGAAUUUUUUUCUGUAAAUUGCCAUUUUUACCUGAAAAAUAAUAAUAAUAGAUGGUAUUUAUUCACAGACCCGAAAACAGAAUUCAGACUUGAGAAGCGAGAACCACUGAAGGGCAAGACAAAGACUUCAGUUACAGUUAGACAAAGAAAAAUUGCUGAACAUAAUCAGGUACCAUUAUAGCAGUUUCUUACCAGUUUUAAACCAUUCUCAUAUAAAAAUGAGGCUGUCCUUAGAAAUUUGACUUGCAUCUUGUAUACACUGAUUAACAGUUGCUUAUUUUUAAGGGGCUAUAGGCAAUUCAGUGCUGUGUAGCAGUGGAAACUGUCAUUUUUCCUGACUGCAGCAAAAUGAUAAAGCCUUAUAUUAUGCUAAAUAGAAUUAAGUUUCUUGUCUAUUUUCUUAAUACAUUAAAAAUGGCACAUUUUUGAAAGAUGGGAAUUGGAAGUGUGGCAGUCUAUAAUCUUUAAGGAAAACAUUUGGUUGGGAAGAGGGGGUGUUUGGGAGCUCCCAAAAUAUUAUCUAAAUUUGCUCUCCCAGCCUUUUCUUUUCAUCCUGAAUUGCUGUUUUUGGCAACAAGCUUCAUGACUAUUUUUGUUUUGAAAAUUGUUCUUUUUCCUAAUAGUAACAUCAUACAGCCAUAGAGGGUAAACAAAGCAUCUUCAGAAGAGGGGCAAAUUAGCUUCAUUUGCCCUAAGUGCUAUUGCUGUGGAGCAAGAAAUGAUUGCAUGACAGCAUCACUGUUACUAGUAAGAGGGGCUGUUUUAUAUGAAAAAGGGGUGCUAAAGGAGCAGCCAACCAGGCCACAAAUCAGCCCCUAAAGGAUAAUAGGUGAUGAGAUGGAUCAGAGCUUUCUGAACAUAAUGGAAUGGUUACACAGUCUGUCAGUCCUGGUAGUGGGGAGGGAUCACUGAAACAGCUUAUCCCUCACCAUCAAAAAGGAGUGGUGCAUUCUGGUUCAGCAUUGCCAAUUUGUAUUGAGUGUCUUGUGAGACGCAUAUAUAGUCAGCUAACUAGCUAACAUUGGUCAAUGAUGCUUCUUUCAUAAGUUGGCAAUGUAUAUUCCUAGCAGGAGCCAGUUCUUUCACCAGAUUUCUUAACAGAAAGACCUGCAGAUAACUGGAUUUGAAUGUUUCUGAUCUAGCAUGUAGAAAUACUUUUGGGCAAGUUCCCAGGAUUCUAUGGUGUGUGGCAUAGAAAGCGGUGCUGAAGGCGCAUAAUUGCUACUUUUUGGAUUUUGACAAAUCAUUUCAGAAACUAUUUUUAUUACUGGUCAUCUAGGUAUUUGAAAAAAUGUGGCAAGCUUAUCUGAGUAAGCCCCAUAAAACUUGAUGGGGACUUAUUUCUGAGCUGAUACUUACCUAGAGUUGUACUGUCUAUUGUGAAUUGUAUUAGGCCUGGAAUGUUCAUACAUCUUAAGAACACGUAAGGAAUAGAUCUAUGUGAAACUAGAACUAGCCUUUUUCUUUUGAUAAUAAAAAUACUGCUACUAAUCAAAUAUUAUAGAAAUGAGCCUGCUAAGUAGAAUGACCUAAAACUAAUGCCAUGUUUCUGAAUUUUUUUUAUUCUCAUGAAAAAAAUCCAAACGCAUUCACAAAUAUACAGAAAAACCCAAGGAUAAUGGGAAUAAAUAUUUUUCAGUGAUCAAAGAAAAAAUAACUUGGUAUGUUUUGAAGCUUGUCAUUCAAGGAAUUAUGAACAAUGCAUAUUUCUUUAUAAAUCAGUUUUAUAAUAAGCACAACCUGACCUCUGAUGUGAUACAUCAAUUCAGGCAUUAGAGCCAUAUUGCCAGGUUUAUGAGACCAUUCACAAGAAUGAAAUAGAAUCGAUUGCUUCCAGUCGCAAGCUAUAGCUGUUUUGGCUUCCAUUAAUUAAAUGCAACCACAUUUCUCAAGCAUUUAUAUAUUUAAGUAGGAAUUAGAAGAUUUCUUUCUAGUUUCUUGUGUUUCCCCCUUCAUUGUCAAUGUUGGGAUCAAAAUGUAUUAUUUCUGUGGGUGCUUACCUAGCCAUGUGCUUUUUCCAAGAGAAAAUACUCCAUUUCUGUAAUUAUGUCUCCAUCAUUGGUUGUGAGCUUUAUUUCCAGGUAGGUGUGGAUAGGUAGGCAGCCUUAAUCAAAAGAUACUAUGGCCAUAUGAUCACACACUGAACCUGCGGUCACAGAUGACAGGAGCUGGAGUUUCAUGACACAUAGAGUUCACCCCAUGUUGGCUAUCCCUAAUAAUUAUUUCUGUUUUCUGUGAUAUUUUAAAGAGUAACGUAGGAUAGAACCCAUGUGUGGCGCCUAAAUGUUUCUCUGUAACUUGAUGCAAAUACUAGGGCACUUGGUAGUGGUCAUCUGGUGAAAAUAUUAAGCACCCAUAUGCUUGCUAACAUGUCUGAUGCUUAAAUAGAACUAUUCUCAGGAUGGAGUUACUGAGACAUUCUGGAGAAGUGGAUCUUCAAAAAGUGGACUUCUGCAGGCAGUUUCUAGGGAGUCUGCAAGAGUAUCAAGAAGAACACCAAGAAAAAGGGUGAUGCAAGGCUAAUUUGAAAUCUAGACUUUUAUUUUCCUCCCCAGGGCCCUAGUGACAAUUGUACACUUAUUUUAUGUUUUUGUUUUUUAAACAAACAGGUUGAAACUACAGUACCGCUACCUGUACAUGAUGCAGUAAUAUCAAAGAGUACUCCUAUAGCUGAUACUGUAGUGGCUUCAAGCAACGAGACCCUAGUAAAUAUAUUGAAUUUGCAAGAGGUGGUAUUCUAUAAUCUUCCUCCUCCUGGAAAAACCCUUUCUGCUUGGAAAAAGGGGGAAUGGGGGCUCCUUUAAAAAAAGGCAUUCUUUAAAAAAGAAAUGUGCUGUUGCGCUUAAGUCUGAUGCAAAGUAAAGAGUAAAAUCAGAAGGAGCAAUAUUGAACUACAUUUUUCUGGCUGGUAUCCAACUACAUCUGUCUUUCAGCAGAAUGAACACUGUUUAUGAAAUGGAUUCCCUCUCCCCUGCAUGUCUUCAUGUGGCCCCAGAUCUGCUCCAGAGGGUUGGGGAACCCUCCAGAGCAGAUUUGGGGAAGCACAAGGGGCAGAAGGGUGGAGUGCAGGAAAGGGGUACCCAUUGUGCAAAUCUGUUCAUAUGCUGUUGGAUAUAAUCCUCUGAAAGUUGCUCUUCCUUUUGCUUAAGUACAUGGGGGUGAUGCCUGUAGAUAAUAGAUUAGCUGUUUUUCUUACAAUUUAUCUAUCUGGAAUGCACUAAUUUUCUUUUAAAACACUGCAAUCAAUUUCUGAGGGCUGGCUUCUCAUAUGUAAAGCUACCUGGUUGGUUAAGUUUUUUAUUGCUGUUUCUUUUGUUAAUUCUGAGUCUGAACAAUUUGAAUUUCAGCAGGUUGUCAAUAGGGUGCCUGGAAAUUUCAAGCAUGCAGAUCCUAUACUGUCAAUCAGUGACUUCUCAGAGUUGCCCAGAAGAACACCAAAGAAACCAUUGAUGUCAGCUGAAGUAAAUGAAUUAAACAUAGAUUGUUGAAUAGAAAGGGGCGGAGGGUGCACUUACAUAUAUGCAUUUGGCUUUUAACUUGGAAAUGUCAUGCUAACUUAAUUCUGAACUAUUUUCUCACUUCAGCUUACAGUGUAUUCCUGAGUGAUGUUUUGUAUAUUUGGAGCAAACAGGAAUUUAGGGAUACCUAAGAACUUAAGAUUUCAUCACAUAACUCUUACUGACUACAUCAAACGUGAAAUUUUAAACAAAAUUCAUAUAACCAAGUCAGCAGAAUAGAUACAAAAUAAUUAUUUUUCUACUCAUCUCUGUUGUGUAGCUUUUUAUUUCUUUUAAAAGCUUCUUAUGUGCCAAUUAUUACCUUACUAACAAAUAGGAGAAUUUGAAAUCUCACUACAAAUAUGUGCUCACUGUUUUUAAAAUAGUAUUAUUCUGUACUGACAGCGUUUUUCACUUUCCACCAAGCGGAAAUGGGAAAUAAACAUAAAAUUACUUAUAUUCAAUAGCCAUACAAUUCAGUUAGGACAGAAGUGCUGACAGUGCCUUUUAAGUCUUCCUUUAUCAAGGUAGCCUUUAUUACAUAACACUAUGCUUCAUGUUGAAAGAACAAAAGGAUGGUACUGAAGAUCCCUGGAUACAAAAAUGGCCAAACAGACCAAAAUAACCAAACUUUAAUCAACAGCUAAACUCCAUGCAAGAAUCUUCUUAAAGUUUACUCUGCUUACCAAAUUCUUUUACAAAUCACAUAGUGAUGCACGCUUUCUUUUUCUUUCUCUGGUACAGCUUUCUUGUGCAUUUUUUUUUAAAAAAAAUCUCCCUUUGUCUAACUUCUUACAGGUCAUGGAGAAAACAUCUACAGAGGAAAGGAGAGCAGACAGGGAUAUUCUUAAAGAAAUGUUCCAUUAUGAGGCAUCAACACCUACAGGAAUUAGGUAUUUAUAGGUGUAAUUAUUGUUUCAAGCAUGCAGUGACUGCCUUUUUAGGCUUUGUCAGCGCAACUCAGUGCAUUUGACUCUGUUAUAAUAACAUUUCUAAGAAUCCAGUCUUAAAAGGAGUGUUAUUUUUUAUAAUAUUAAAAAUAUGUUAUCCAGUUCUUUCAUGCUUAUCAGUAGCAACUAGAAAACCCUAGAUCUUUCAAAGCUGUAUAUCAUUUAAAUUGGUGUUUUUAGAAGCAAAUCAUGUGUUAAGGUACUUGUCAGUUCCAGAACCACAGACUAUUUGUUCUAGGAUUUGGCUCAUUGUUUGAGAUAUCCAGAUCAAAAGCCAUCAUAGGAAUAGUCUUUAAUUAGCAGGUAGUAUAAUCUGCUAAAGUAAAUAUACUGAACUUACUGCUUCUAAAGCAACAUAUGAUUUGCGCCAUACUGCUAAAUCACAGAAAAUAUUUGCAACAGGACUAGGAGGAAAUCUUUAGUAAUAGGGUGCACAGUACAGUUAGUUGUCUUUCACAGUGCUUUGCACCUUGUCUCUCAAGCAGCUAUUAUACCCUUAACUUUGUGGAAGAUUAAGAUCCUCUAUCUCAUUAUAUUCCUUGGGUAUAAAAAUGGUAGAACUCCAUGUCAUAGAUUUUAAUUCCCAAGGAUAGAACUAUCUGAUUUACACAGCCAAGUUGGGGACAACACAUUGCUCAGGUUUACCCAGCUUCCCUUGGUCUUCUGCUUAGUGUUAUAGUCCUGAGUCUGGGCGGGUUGUGCAGGUUUUCUUGCAGUGUAACUUGACCUAAAGUUGUCUGCUUUAGAAGUUGCAGGCUUAUAAAAAUCCUAUACAGUACUAGUACUUGAAAUGAGGAAUAUUGAAUGCUGAGAACACUUCUUGUCUGUCUCAAAAGAAUGCCUUUUUAUUGGGUGGCAUGCAUGCUCUGAAGAUGGACCAGGGGGUGAAAGGGGACAGAUCUUCUAUCCCCCCCCCCCCCCGCUAGCUUGUCAAAAGUCUGGUAUUCAAAGAACAGGUAUCUUAACAAACAAUAUAAAUUUGAUGGAUAUAACAUUUAGUAUCCAUCAUGAAGCUCAUUCAAUGUAUUUCCCUUAUCAUAAUCCAUAGUUUCGGUGAGGCAAAACACUUGCCUGUCUUCCCUAGAGAGUUGUAAAACUUCAGAGCAUUAAAUGCCUACCUCAUCCCCUCCCAAAUGCCUUUUAAAAAUGAGGUCUAUUUUAGCCUUAAAUAAACAUAUAAUUACUUCUCAUUAAUUAACAGUGCUACCUGCCGCAGACCAAUCAAGGGAGCUGCUGGUCGACCUAUAGAGCUCAGUGACUUCCGGCUGGAGGAGACCUAUUCAUCAAAAUAUAUCCCCAAAUAUGUUGCCACAGCAGAUCUCAACCCAGAGAAACCAACAAUUAAAAAACGUUCCAUUCCUAUGUGGAUAAAAAUCCUGCUCUUUGUUCUUAUUUCAGUCUUCUUACUUUUGGUCUAUCAGUCUAUGGAAACCAACCAAGGAAAUCCAUUCUCCAAAUUUCUUAGUAGUAAUAAUAACCUGGAGGAAAAGACAGAUUGAGUGUUUGUAUGGCACACACAACUUGGUCUCCUAUUUAACUGUAGAGAUGUCUUCAUCCUUCAUCUAUUUCAGCGACUGCAUACAAAUAAUAGCGGCAUCAGAAAAGUGAAAUAAACAAGACAGUAUAAGUGGACAUCACUAACUUUUUUCAGUAUUAGGAGAUCACUUUGUGCCAUAAUUAAUAUUUUUAGAUCUCUCUGGAAUUUAUUGUAGGAUUUAUUUUUUUAACGUGGAUAUCAUUACAUUCAUUUGAGAUUGUAUAUUUGUUUUUGCAAGCUGCUCAAGGGCAAAAGUGAUAGUAAAAUGUGAAGAUGUGUUUUAAUGUUUUUAUUUCAUAUUAAAAAGAUAAUGUACUGAAAAUUUCUCUACAUUGCCUAUUGUUUUUAGGGGUGGGAAGUGCUAAGAUAAUAAAGGGAAAUGCAUUUUUGGAUGCAUUUUGUUGAAACUGUGCAGCUAAGUUUAGUGUAUUGUAGUUUAAUGGAAAAUCCAGCAUUUCUUCUGUAGAAUACUGUAACAUUUUAAUAAAUAAAUGUAAACCUAUUGUAUACAUUUCUGUAUCUGUCCUAGUUUUAAUUGUAGUAACUCCAAUUAACCCUAUUCUCUAUUUUUAAUAAUAGUUCUCUACUUUAGUGCUUAAUGUCAUAUCACUGAUCAAAUUGGCAAUAGGUGUCCUUAGAGCAAAACAUAUUUAUUAGUAAAAUCGUGUGAAAGAAAAUUUACAUUAAAUAAACUGAACUACUUUUUUACUGAAUAAUUACAAUCUUAAAUCAUUAACUGCAGAUUUAAAAUUCCUGUCUUAUUACAAAAUGGUUAUGCUCUCAAGCAAAAACCUCUAUUUUUAUGUAGGUAAAUUGACUUCUAUGUGUAGAUUUCUUUUUUUUCCAACUUAGAAUUUUGUUUGAACCAUCAUGGAUGUUCAUAUUCCAAAACAUUUCAUACUUUCAUUAAAAAGAUAUUGUUAUGUUACCUAUUAUGUAUCAACCAAGGUUAAAAGUUCUGCUGAUGGAUGCAACAAAUUUAGUCUGCCAUAAUUUGUUAUCAGUUGCAUUUACCAAUCAAGUAACUUCAAUUAAUUUCAAGUGUGGGUUAUUACAAAUACAAUGUGAAUGUAUCAAUUUGCAGCACAUAUGGGAUCUUGAUAUUACUGCAUAUUCUAUACAAAAUGCAAUAAACUUAUUUUUAACGUUCUAGUCUCAUCAAAAAUUGGUAUUAAUACAAUCAAACUAACCUUAACUUUUGUUGUAAAAUUAUCUUACUACCUCACCUUACUUGAUGCUAUAGAGAGGCACAUUUAUGGAGCAAUCCAUUGAAUCCAAUAGAAGGGGAAAUUAGUAUACCAACUCUAGGGUUGUAUUCCCUCCUUCCUCCUUUCCAGGGGCAUGCCCAUUAGACCAUAUGCAGCUCAUUUUUGCUCUCUUCACCUUUUCUCUGACAUCUCUGGAGAGGCAUCCGAGGGCUGCCUGCCUAUGGAAAGGUAGCUCUAGUAUCCCCUUGCUUCUGGACCAUAGGAGUACACUCUUAAGCAUACUUAUUAGGUCUAAUGUUUUGAAGGGCUUUAGCGUACCUAACUGAUCAGGCUGUAAGACUACAGUUCAGAGCACAGGUAGGCUGCUUACAUCUCAGUGACUAGUGAGUUAGGCUACUUGUAAGUCACUAGUCACUGAGAUGUAAGCAGCCUACCUGCGCUCUGAACUGUAGCCUUACAGCCUGAUCAGAGUUAACUGCACAAUACUGUAUUCUAAAUGGGUUAUAAACUAGUGUGCUUAUUACUGACAUUUUUUGCUUAAUUAAAUUGUAAUGGUUCAUAGGGAAAUGUUGAAUGUGUCAAUGACAAGUGUUAUUUCUAUAUUUUACAUGAAAAAGGUUCCAGAUACUUGACAUUUCCACUUAGAGAAAGAAGAGAUUGAGCCUCAUGUGGCAGUGAUGGAUCCAGUAGUGUCCCUAAUUUACAUACUCCUUCAGAGGUAGUAUAGCCCUGUAAAAAACUGGCAACAUUUCCAGGCCUAAACCUCAAUUGAAAUGGGUCUAGAAAAUUGGUUUCAUCCAAGAAAACCUGGAUCUAGCCCUUAACCAUGUCUUGCCUUCCUAUGUCCUAUGCCCAACACAUGAGCCAUUACCUCUGUUGAGGUGGUCCAUGUAACUAUUUUGGCAUCUUUCUCAUGAUGCUGUUAGUCUCCCUUCUUUGCAAAGGAAACCACAUUAAAGUCAUUUUAAAAAACCAUCGGUUAUACUGGAAUAGAAUCUAUUCCAGGCAGGCUCUUGGAGAUAGCAACUUGCCAACAGAUCUGGGUAGAUCAUAUCCAGUUAUAUUCUCAAUUUCUCUUAUUUCAGUUGUCCAAAAUAUAUUUGGGCAUAUCACCAUUCAUUGUUUUGCAUCUUCAACAUAGAUUAUCUCCUAUAUAUGUGGUUUAAUACAUACCAGUGAAAAAUGAAUUCAUAACAAGCUUUAUUUCAAGGCAAUGCUUUUGGUUUGAUGCAGAACAUAUUGCCCAAGAUCCUUUAUUUUAAAUGAUGUGCUAAUUGUUAUGUCAAUAUUAAUGAUAAUAUAAUAUUGUUUAUUU